GUCGCACUGAUGCUGGCUGAGCUGAGCACCCUACUCCGCACCGUCAGCCCGGGGUUCCUCGCCGUCGUUCGCGGUGGAUCCCCUGCCGUCUUUGCUCUGCUGGCCAGCCCGCAGUUUCUCGUCGGUGUCGGUGUUGCUGUGGGCGUCACUGUUGUCUGCUUUGGCGGCUGGAAGAUCGUCAAGCGCAUCAAGGAGGCCAAGGCCAUCGCUGCAGGCCGAGAGGCGAGUGCGCAGGCCUUUGCGGCGAAUCAACAGUAUCAACAGCAGCAGCAGCAGCAGUGGGUACCACCGCCGCCGACGCCGUCACAACAUGCCUUCGAAGCCGGUGCCGCGUAUGGUCCGCCUGGCCCGGGCAGCUACGACGACGCGCUCGUCCUCGACGAGGAGCUCAGCACCAUCGAGUCCUGGCGCAGGGGAAUAACGCCGUGCGGCGACGAUGGGGAGGAAAUAGACGAGAGCGUGGACCUCGAGCUCAUCACCCCCGAGGCUGCCCGGUCCGUCCGUGGCGAUGCCAUGUCUAUCCGCACCAGCCGGACACACCGCUCGCAUAAGUCGCACCGCAGCCACCGUAGCCACCGCAGCCAUAGGCCGGGCAAUGCGGACGAACAACAAGAGGAAGACGAGGAGGAGAUCGAGAUACCUAUUCGGACGAGCAGCAGAGCUCACACCAGCAGGACCGGCGAUGGCGCCGCGAGCGAGGCGGGCAGCGAGAGGAGCAGGCGGACCUCGAGGUCCAAAAUGACUGUCAAGUCGCACGUGAAGGCCAUCGAGGACGGGAGUCGCCAGGCGGAUAAUACUCUGGAGGCGGUGCUGCGGCCCAAGGAGAAGAGAUCGACAAUGCUCAAGACGCUGUUCAAGAAGAAGAAGGAGAGGGAGGAUGAGGCUAGGGAGGUUGCUGUCUCGGUGAUGGCAUGAUGAGGUUUGGAGUGAAUUUCUUUUCUAUCUUUUUCUUAUGGGAAUUCUUUACAAACGCAUUAAUGGACACGGCAGCAACAACAUCAAGAAUAACGCAACAAACAACAUCGGAUUGAUAUUUAGAGGUACACACCACGAGUUUCACGACAUAAUGAAAGAUCGCGAUUGGAUUUAGCUUCGAAUUAUGAGAAAGUAUUUUCCAUGUC